GCUGCUGUGUGCCGGAGGGCGUGGUCUUCUUGGCCCCGCCCUGGGCCGGGCCGGAGUCUGCGCUGUGACGCCGCGCGUCCUGCGGAAGCGGAGCAGGGGUGGUGGGCGCCGGGGUUCCCAGAUAUCUGCGGUCCCGGUGCUCCAGACCAUGGGCGCUGGGCUGAGCGGCGGCCAGGCCGCCCCGGAACCAGCGCAGCCCCCGCCCCAGCCCGUGGCUCCCGAGCGGCCGCGGCCGGAUCCUGGGCCCUGGGGGCCGCUGGAUGACGUGCGAUUCCUCAUCGCCUGCACCUCCUGGUACUGACCCACCGCGCCCCCAACUAGCGGGGCCGCGUUGCUCCCUUUCCCCGCCCGCCCCCCGGGCCGCCAUCCUAUCGUUCCCUGCACCAGCGGGCUCUGGCCUCGGUUUGCUUCUCAGUCUGCCGCCCUCCAGCCCGCGGCAGCCCUCCUCCUCUGGUCAGCGGCGUCCAGAACCAGACCAGCGCCCCUGGAAGGCCCGUGGCUGCAGACAAGACCUCGUCUCGUCUCUCCCUGCCGAGAACUGGGCUCCUGCCUGCGACCUUGGUCAGGGUGUCCUGGCUGCGGAGAUAAGUGACCUUACUGCCACAGUGACCCCCCCAUCCCCGCCCCCACCCUCCGAGGGGCGUUGGCGCCCUCUCUUGGAGCCCAAUGCGAUGUUACCGAACUGUGGCCCUGGCAUUCCAGUAACACUGUGUCUCGGGGGUCAGCCUUUUGGGGAGAAGAGAUGGCUGGUUGCUGGGAUGGCUGAUGAGAUGCGGGGGUGUAGCCCCACACACCCCGAAACCUCUUGUCCUCCCCCGUCUGCCUCUAAGAUCUAAGGCCAGUUUUAGGCCCUGAUGCUUGUUCCCUUCCCCCCCGGGGAAAUGACACACUCUGUAUUUUUUGUUUUAUUUAGAAAUGAUUUAAAAAACAUACAAAGGCUGAUCAGUUUAAAAUGUGA